CAUUCUUUUUCGAGUGUUAAUACGUUGAUUGUGACUUAAAAAUAUUAGAUUAUUCGUUUAGAAAUGGAUUUCAUAGCUUUAUAGAGUAAAAUGGCAUGUGGAGAUGUCAGGGAUGAGACUCAGAUGGAUGUUGACGAUGAGGACAUUGCACCUAGCUGGAGACCACGCGGCUACGCGUGCAUCCUUGUGAACAUCGAAGGUGUCGGGACAUCCGGGGAGUGUGUGUUUAAGAAGCGUGAGGGCGCCCUAGAAGAUUACAUGUAUUUACGGCGAACAUUUUGUGAUCGCGGUGGUAUUGAGUUGAAACAACUCAAUACACGUUCACAUUGGUAUAAGAAUAUUACUUUAGAAAAGUGGGAUCGUCGGAAAACCAGUGAUUCUACGAAUAAAUCUCUUCACAAAUCGGACCCAGCAGAGUGUUGUUUACAAUGUUUGAUUAAGAGCACCGAUUUUACAGGCUCAGAGGCAUUUGUUUUUGCGAUAAGUUCACACGGUGAAGAAGUUGGUAAUCAGCCGUCGAUCAUCCUUUCAGAUGGAAACAAAAUAUAUCUGUCAGAAAUUAUUGAUACGCUUUCGGACAAAAACUGUCCGACACUAAGAAACAUACCAAGAAUUCUUAUACUUCAAGCUUGCCGAACAAACUCCAAAGCCGAAGAACAUACAAGAGAUGACAGGGGGGUUACAACUUUUGUAGCAGUACCACACCAUGGAGAAGAACAUGCAGAUAUAGGUAUGUUGAGAGAGGAGAUCAGCGAUGGGCACAAUCAAAGACAGGCUGAGCGAGAUUUUGUGAGGGAAGUAGAAGAAUUUGGUUUCCAGUGCAUCUACGACUUUGUUCCUAGGGACUUUCUCGUUCUUUUUCCUGCUGUGGCGGGAAAACGCAGUAAAAGAAACACGGAGGAGGGUUCGUGGAUGCUGGCAGAUCUUUCAACAACUGUUACUGAUAUGAUAUCGAAGGGUAUAGAGAUGGACUUCCUUGACGCCGCAACAAGAGUAGCUCAACUGGUUGGAGACAGGGCAACGGUAGCGUAUAUGAAGAAUGAAACCGGAGAAUAUUUGUUAGACGCACUCGGGAACAAGAUCGUCAAUGAAGAGGAGAGUGGUCUGAAGACAGCUGUAUGUCUGGUACACAGACUGAGGAAGCCGCUGGUUUUUAGACAGGUGGUUACACCUGAAGUCAUAGAGACUGAUACCAAUGACGUUGAUUUCAAACCUGGUAAAAAGAAGCAAAAGAAGAAACGAGUGAAUGAUGAACCAUCUAUUUUAUUAAUUUAGUCUGAACAUAUACUCUUUAUGCAUGACAUGUUUUUGACAAAGGCUUGUUACUUAUGCUGUUUAUUAGUUGUGGAUCAAUUUUUAAGAAAAACACUUCUUACCAUGUAGAAAGAGUUCUGGGUUCAAAUCCCAGCGGUGGCCAACUAGAAAAGCAUUCAGGGGCUUUUAAAUUCUUGUCAUUUUUUUACAAACCAGAAAAGUAUCAAACCUUUCUUUGCGAAAAUUGGAACAUUCUUGUCAAUAUUAUACAGCCCAUUGUAAUUCUAUUUUUACAAUAAAUAUAUUUUUUCGACUGA